AUGUCGAAAUUUUCUAGUGCCAUCGGAUUGGAAAAUAUCAAUCCCACGGUGUUUUCGAAAUCGAAAGAAAGAGAAAUACUUCCCGAAGAAUUAGAUGAUAAUAUCUACGAAGAGCUAAAUGUUGUAGAGGAAUGCAAAAUUGACGUGGACGAUGAUAACAACUUUGUUAAAGUUCACUUUACACCGACUAUUCCACAUUGUAGUAUGGCUACAUUGAUUGGUUUGUGCAUACGUGUGCGUCUCAUUAGAUCGUUACCUGAAAGAUUUAAGGUUGAUAUCACGGUCACGCCAGGGUCUCAUUCUUCUGAAAUCGCAGUGAAUAAACAACUAGCCGAUAAAGAACGCGUUGCUGCAGCUAUGGAAAACAGUAACUUAUUAAAAGUAGUCAAUCAAUGUUUAGCUAUGGAUUGA